AUGAGGAGAAACAACCACCGUUGUCAUGACUAUGUCGGCGAGCGGCAAGUACCUUCCACCAUUCCCAUUCGUUAUAUUUCCCAGUGUUCGAAUGCAAGAAGCUCUCAAAAAUGGGGCCCACCUGGAACAAAGUUUGCAUGCAAUCCGUCGGGAUACAUGACUACCGAAUUGUUCGAAUUUUGGUUGGAUCAUGUUGUAGAGCAUGUUCAUGCUACAGAAGCUAAACCUGUGCUGUUGCUGGUAGACGGACAUUCUUCACAUGCGAAAAACUUGGCAGUUACGGAGAAAGCUAGGAAAGCACAUAUAACGAUUCUUGUCCUCCCUCCCCACUGCAUCAACAAGAUGCAAUCGUUAGAUGUCUCGUUUAUGGCCCCGUUUAAGACACAUUAUUCCAAGGCUGCCGAGGACUUUCUGCGAAACAAUCCGGGAGAUGUCAUAAGCAAGUACGACAUAAUAUCACUUAUGGCAUUUGAAAAGGCAGCAACAAUACCAACUGCGAUCAAUGGAUUCCGAAAUUGCGGAUUGUGGCCAUGCAACUGGUCAAUAUCUAAUGAAUGUACGUUCGCGCUGUCGCUGGUCGCCGACCAACCAUUGUCCGCUGCAGAAUCUGAAACCACUUUAAACAAGCAGGAUACACGUCCCAAACAAGUGAACACAGCGGGACCGUCUGAAGCAGUUGAUGACUCAAAAGAUGAUUCUAAAGCAACAAACAGCUCGUUUACAAUCUCUCCGGAGAAAAUUUGUCCUCUUCCCAAGAUGACUCAACCGCGUGUGACUUAA